UUUCUAUGCACUAGAUGCUUCCUAAACAGUUGGAGUGCAUGGGUCUGAUGGACAAGCCACUCGUCAAAUCAAGAUUUUUUGAGUUUUACAAGACUAUAUGGGGAUUAAAUGGUGAUCACGUCAGUAGAAUUUAUGCAGGAACUGGUGCUCUGGAGGGGAAGACAACGGCCGGUAAACUACGAGACGGUGCUAGAUCGGUCACACGAACUAUACAGAAUAAUUUCUUUGAUGGUAGUAAGCAAGAAGCUAUUGAUAUUUUGGUGCUAGGCAACACACUUAAUGGAGAACGGGCUGACAAAGCCCGAGCAUUGCUUGCCAAGAAUCAGUUGCACGCGUCUCCUGGUAUUUUACAAACCAUGGUGAUGAGACAAGAGGAGUACACAUUCAGUUCCAAAUUACGGGUUGCCAUAGGAACAUGGAAUGUCAACGGUGGUAAACAUUUCCGCAGUAUCGCCUUCAAACACCAGUCUAUGUCUGAUUGGUUGUUGGACAAUCCUCAGAUAAUGGCGGCCCAAGAUCCAGAAAGUGUGAACACCAGAACGGAUUUUAGUACUCCAGUUGAUAUCUACGCUAUUGGAUUUGAAGAGAUGGUCGAUCUCAGUGCGGGUAAUAUCAUAAGUGCCAGUACCACAAAUCAAAAACAAUGGGGAGCGGAGUUACAGAAAACUUUGUCCAGAGAUAACAAGUACAUCUUAGUUGCGUCAGAACAGCUGGUUGGAGUGUGCCUUUAUAUAUUCGUAAGACCACGUCAUGCACCAUACAUAAGGGACGUGGCAAUUGACAUGGUCAAAACUGGCUUAAAAGGCACUGCCGGAAAUAAAGGUGGUGUUGCAAUUCGCAUGAUAUUCCACAGUACGUCUAUGUGUUUUAUCUGUGCGCAUUUAGCAGCGGGUCAAUCACAGGUCAAGGAACGAAAUGAAGAUUACCAAGAAAUUUCCAAGAAAAUACUCUUUCCAAUGGGACGGUUUCUUUACUCGCAUGACUACAUAUUCUGGUGUGGAGAUUUUAAUUACAGAAUUGACUUACCGAAUGAUGAAGUAAAACAACUUGUAGCAGAUAAGAAUUGGAACGCUUUAAAGCAUUAUGACCAACUCAUCCAACAACGGAAAGAUGGACAGGUAUUUAAUGGUUUCAGUGAGGGUGAUAUCAAAUUUGCUCCAACUUAUAAAUAUGAUUUAUUUUCCGAUGACUAUGACACGAGUGAGAAAAUGCGAACGCCUGCUUGGACUGAUCGGGUGUUGUGGCGGAGGAGUAGGAGAAGGAAACCACCAACUGAGAAUGAUGAAGACGAUGAUUGGGAUCCUGGCAGAAUCUUACACUACGGCAGAGCAGAACUUAAAACAUCCGAUCACAGACCCGUGAUUGGAAUUCUUGAAGUGGAAAUCCAGCACGUCGACGAAGAGAGCAGACAACAAGUUUACGAAGAUGUCAUUCAUCGUCAGGGUCCACCGGAUGCAACAGUUGUGGUUUCCAUGGCAACAUCAUCAGUAGGAGAAGAGGAGUUUAGUGAUGAGAUGGUGGAUAUAGUUUUGAGUACUCUUGAGAAAGUUGGAGUAAUCAUAUUAGUGAGGUUUGUCGAUAAUAACAUGCUGUUAACAUUUCAAAAUGGCAGGGAUGCCCUGUCUGCACUGAAAUUUGACAACAUGGAGGCAAAUGGUAAUACUCUAUCUGUCAAACUACUUAGCGAGAAUUGGUUGGAAAUAUUAGAAAAUGAACUGACGCUUUGUAGUAGUAACACUGAAAGGCUGUACAAUCCAACUGCCAAUGAUUUACUCGGUGAAAGUUUUGAUAUACCAUCAAUGAGCUUUGAUAUAGAAGAUGAAGAAAUAGAAGAUAUUGAUGAUGAACUUGAGGAUGGGGAGGUAGCAUCUUCACCACAGUUGCUACCCCAGCCAUUGGCACCUGAAGUAGUGACACCAACAAACUCGCGACCAUCAACACCACAUUUCUUGACGUCAUCACCCACACCUGAAUCCAGACCUGCAGAAAAGAAGGUACCACCGAGUAGACCGCCGCCACCACAGAGACCUCCACCUCCAAGUAAAAUCCCUGGUGGUGGUCCCCCUACCGAUUGGUGCGCCUAUGAUGACAGCACAGAAACCAGCCGUCACUGCCACAAAUACAGCUCCCGCUGUUCCUAACACUAAACCUAAAGCUGCUGUUUAUAGACCAUCAAGAAUCAGUAAUCCUUAUGGUGUGGCACACUCUGGUCAUGCUGCAAACGAAGAUGAGGCUUUGCAGUUGCUGAUUGACUUUGGGAUGCAUGUUCCAACCGAGCCGCAGAAAAUGUCACCUGAAACUACACUACCAAAGAAUAACAGCACCAGUGAUCUGCCAGUGAUGGACACCACCCCACAACCAGUUCAUCCAGUUCACAGUGAUGGUGACUUGGCAAGUACAGUGAUGGAUCCAAUACACGUCCAACAAAAAUCUGAUUCCCUACCACAACCAUGUAUACCGCAACCUGCACCAAGAUCCAAACCAGUGCGGUCGGCCCCACCAGUGCCUGCAAGUCGCCCAUCUCGUACUCUCCCAGAAGCAAUUGCUGUGAAUAAUGUUGAAGACAGACAGACACCACCGCCCGUGCCUGUUGGGCGACCGAACCGAC